AUGCCAUUUGCGGAAGCUCCAUUGCUGGCCCGUGAAUAUUGGCAAGGGAAGCUAAAAGGUCCGGUCAUCUGCUCCGAUCUGGGCUGGUACACAAAAGGCAUUUACCCUGUGUUCUUGAUGCAGUUCAUGUUGAUCUCCCUUUUCUACGUCGUCCUCAGAAUUCUUCUUAGGCCUCUUCGACAACCCCAAUUCGUUUGCAGUGUCCUGGCCGGCUUUCUGGUGAGCCCUUCCGUCUUGGGGAGGACCAAGAUCUUCUCGACGAGUACCUUCCCACACGAAGAACUGCUACUGGUUAGAACCAUAGGUACUCUUGCCUUGACAUACCUUCUAUUCUUAUUGGCGGUGAAAACGGACGUAACUGUCAUCCAGCGGUCGAUGAGAAACGCCUCUAUCAUUGGCUCAUCAACCAUGCUCAUGACCUUCGCCGCCCUCUUGCUCAUGAUCCAAACCUUGAGCCUCCCUGGAAUACGUAAGGGGUUCUUCCACUACAUAUUUGCCGGGAUUGUAUCGCUCACGCGAUUUCCAAAUGUUGUCUACGCUUUCAAUGAGCUCAACAUUAUGACGUCUGAUUUAGGCCAGCUCGCAAUGUCUUCUUCCAUCUUCAGCGAAGUACUUCUAUGGGCGUGGUUGUUCAUAGGCAUAUACCUUCGAUACCCUGCGCAAUUUAUUUGGUCCAUUUUGGCCGCCUUAGGUGUGAUAUUGGGUAUUAUCUUCAUUGUACGACCCCUGAUCAUGUUGAUUAUCCAGAGGACGCCGGAAGGCAAACCGGUGCGUGAAUUUUACAUCAUGUCCAUUUUCAUUGGAUCUUUACUCGUAGGAGUUUUAACCGACAUGAUCGGCUCCAUGCAUUUCGGAAUGCUUCUUUUCGGACUAGUGAUACCGAAUGGACCGCCACUGGGGUCAACCAUAAGUGAGAAGAUCGAGGCGGUCUGCACGGAGGUUUUGAUGCCAAUAUUUUAUGUCUCUAUUGGGUACAACAUGGACCUUGCUUUGAUAGACUUCAAGAUCACCAGAGAGAUUUUCCUUUUAACGCUUGUUUGUGCUCUAACAAGGGUCGUCGGAGCUCUAUCGGCGGCAUUAUUCUGCGAAGUGAGGGUCCGACAUUGUCUCUUGCUUGGCCUCAUGUUGAACAUCAGGGGUCCAUAUGACGUAUAUCUACUCAACCGCUGGUUUAUAAAGAAGGAUAUAGACAAGCAAACUUUUACAAUGGCGAUCUUAUCAGAUAUAGCACUUACAGCAAUCGUGACGCCUUUGAUAGAUCGUUUCUACAACCCCCAUACAAGAUUGAUUGCGUCAAUCCCAAAAUGUACAAGAUCCAUGCAAACAGCCCCAAGGAAUGUAGAAAUGCGGGUUCUCUGUUGCGUUCACAAUGAAGAUAAUGUCCUAGGCAUCAUUUCUCUUCUCGAAGCAUCAAACCCCAUGCCGGAAAGCCCCAUAUGUGCUUUCGUUGUCCACUUGGACGAGCUCAUUGGCCGCACGAUACCGAUCAUGGUCCCUUACGAGAAGCAGAUGACAAGAGUUCGAUCCAAGAGUUCAUCGCACCCUAUAAUGCGUGCGUUUGAGAACUACUCCAACAACUCGAAACGCUUGGUAAGAGUAAAGCCCUACAUGGUGAUUGCGGCGUACAAGAACAUGCACGAGUACAUUUGUCGGCUUGCUCAAGAAGAACAGAUCCCCCUUAUCAUCAUCCCAUUCCAUGGAAGCCGAGACACCUCCAAUGUCAUGGAGCUUGUCGCCUUCCGGAAUCUGAUUCAAAAUGUACGAAUUUACGCUCCGUGCACGGUGGCGACAUUGGUGGACAAGGGCACGCACUGUUACCCAAGUAAAGCAUCGUCAAUCUCAUGUGCGGUUGGCGUGAUAUUCAUCGGUGGGACAGACGACCGUGAGGCGCUAGCAUUGGCUAUUCGGAUGGUCGGACAGCCCAAUGUGGGUGUCGCGGUGCUGCGGUUCAUCUUCCCCAGCGUUGACGGGGACCUCGAUGGAAAGCUGGACCAGAAGCUCAAUGAUGAGCUCAUCGGUGUAUAUAGGGCAAAGCUCCACAUCACUGAAGGUUGUUUGUACCACGAGGUAGCUGUAGAAGAUUCCGACCAAGCCAUGAGUCAUAUUCGAGCUUUGAAGGACAAGUUUGAUCUCAUAAUGGUUGGCCAAACGAGAAGGGCAGGGAGUUUGUUCUCGGACAACACGAUGUUGAAUUGGAGCGAGAAUCCGGAGCUAGGAGUGAUCGGAGACUUCUUGGCAUCAUCGGAUUUCUGCGGCGAGGUGACGUCUGUGCUGGUGAUGAAACAUCACGGUGACCCCAGUUGCUCCCGUCAUAACGCUCCAAACGAACGUGAUAGGGAGUAUCUUCUUAGGAGAACAGUUUGUUGA